AUGAGUAACAAGCCAGAACUCUCCGGCAUAUUUUUCUGUGCCACUGGCUGCGCGACUUUCAUCCUCGCCUAUUUCCCACGAUGAAGACCGUUUCCGUUUUCGCAGUCACGCUUUUUGCGUUUUGCCCACCGGGGUCUUGUACGCCAGUCAACCAGCCAGCUUCUGCAGACAUCCCGUACAAUUUGAGAUCAAACGGCUUCUCUUACCGCAUUGUCGACCGGGUGACCGAGGCAAAGGCGGUCAAAACGCCCAUACGAGCUCCAGAAAACUCGGCCCUGGAAAAGCGAGCGGACGCAGUACACUGUUUAGGGCCUGGUAAUUCGCACCCUCUGCAGGAUGACUGCAGUAUACUGAUCUCUGAAAUCGCUUCGAGUGCCGGCUCACUUUACGCCAAUCCUGGGUAUUGUCAUGAAGCCGAGUAUGGAACUUGCAAAGCUUUCUAUUGCGACAAUACUUGCUCAGGAUCCACGAUCAGUAUCACAAGAUGGGCACAGUUGUUACAAAGUGUCAACUCAAUGUGCGUAGCCUUCGGACAGAAUGGCAUUGUUACCGAUGGUAUCGAUGAUGCGGGUACGCGUGCCUCAUACCAGGCUGGCUUGGAACAUUCGGGAAGUGAGCUUCCGGCCUAUGCGAACGGAACUUGCUAGACUGUUUCUGUUCUCAAUUCUUUAAAUAGUCGCUGCUUUGACUUGAAUAGAAAACUGGCAUGUGCUGAUUUGUCUGGGUCCGAAUCACAAGUACAUAGCUGUAUGACAACGAUUCUUAAUGAGACCAUUUGACCCUCGAC